GAAUAAACUCGAGCUUCAAAAUGGCGGCAGCGCCAGAUGAGGCGAGUGUGUCGGUGAAGACGGAGCCCGAGCUGCCGGAGGAUGCCAAGAGUGACAGCCUGGGCGGCCAUGAGCCCGGUGUCCCGGGGCUGGGGAACGGCAAUGGGUCCUCCCCGAGCCCCGCCAGCCCCCCGGCCGCACCGCCGGCUCCCUCAGCCCCCCCGGCCCCCGGAGCCGAGCUCCCCGACCGCCAGACCCUGCUCGCCGUGCUGCAAUUCCUCAGGAAGAGCAACCUGAAGGACUCGGUGGACAUCCUGCGGCGGGAGACCGGGCUGCUGGAAGAGGACCUGGCCGCCACUCUGAGCCCGGACCGGGCGGGGGACACCGGGGACACCGAGCAGAGUCUGCUGAGCCGGGUAACCGGGGGCAGCUCGGGGACCGGGAACGGUGUGAACAGCGGGAGCGCUGCCAGCGGGGCAACGGGGAAAGUUUUGAUGAGUAGUGGCCAACAGGACCAGCCCGAUGUAAGUGCCGUGCUGUCUGCAUACACGCAGCAAGGAGACCCGGCCUUGUAUGCGGAAUAUUAUAGCGGCCUGAAGCAGUUUAUUGAGUCCGUAUUAGACUGCCACCGGGCAGAGCUGUCCCAGUUAUUCUACCCACUGUUUGUGCACAUGUAUCUGGAACUUGUAUACAAUGAAAAUGAAAAAGAAGCAAAGUCUUUUUUUGCAAGAUUUCAUGGAGACCAGGAGUGUUACUAUGAAGAUGACCUUCGCAUUUUAGCCAGCCUUUCCAAGAAAGAGCAUAUGAAGGGUAACGAAACCAUGCUGGAUUUCCGAACUAGUAAAUUUGUGCUGCGGAUCUCUCGUGACUCCUACCAGCUUCUAAAGCGCCAUCUGCAGGAACGUCAGAACAAUCAGAUAUGGAGCAUUGUCCAGGAGCACUUGUACAUUGACAUCUUUGAUGGAAUGCCUCGCAGUAAACAGCAGAUUGACGCAAUGGCAGGCAGCUUAUCUGGAGAGGCAAAACGAGAGGCUAACAAAGUCAAGGUGUUUUUUGGGCUUUUGAAAGAGCCAGAGAUUGAGGUACCUUUGGACGACGAAGAUGAGGAAGGAGAAAAUGAAGAUGGCAAACCAAAGAAAAAGAAGCCUAAAAAAGAUAGCAUUGGGUCAAAAAGCAAGAAACAAGACCCACAUGCUCCCUCACAAAACAGGAUUCCUCUUCCAGAACUAAAAGACUCUGAUAAGCUUGAUAAAAUUAUGAUUAUGAAGGAAGCAGCAAAACGUGUGCGUCUUGGUCCUGAAUGCUUGCCGUCCAUCUGUUUUUACACAUUCCUCAAUGCCUAUCAGGGUUUGACUGCUUUGGAUAUUACAGAUGAUUCCAGUCUCAUCGCUGGGGGAUUUGCAGACUCCACUGUGCGUGUAUGGAGUCUCACACCGAAAAAGCUGCGUAGUGUUAAAAAUUCGUCUGAUCUUGGUCUAAUAGACAAGGAAUCUGAUGAUGUUUUGGAGAGAAUAAUGGAUGAGAAAACCGCAAGUGAAAUGAAGGUUUUAUAUGGGCACAGUGGCCCUGUCUAUGCAACAAGUUUCAGUCCAGACAGGAAUUAUUUAUUAUCCAGUUCCGAAGAUGGCACUGUCAGACUAUGGAGUCUUCAGACAUUCACUUGCUUGGUGGGCUACAAAGGGCACAAUUACCCUGUCUGGGAUGCUCAGUUCUCUCCGUACGGUUAUUAUUUCGUGUCUGGUGGCCAUGACAGAGUUGCUCGUUUAUGGGCUACAGAUCACUAUCAGCCUCUACGAAUAUUUGCUGGCCAUCUUGCUGAUGUUGUUUGCACUCGUUUUCAUCCAAAUUCCAAUUACAUUGUCACUGGCUCAACAGAUAGGACUGUCCGAUUAUGGGAUGUUUUAAAUGGGAACUGUGUGAGAAUAUUUACAGGACACAAGGGACCAAUUCACACAUUGGCCUUUACUCCCAAUGGAAAGUUUCUUGCGUCUGGAGGCACAGACAGUAGAGUUCUUCUGUGGGACAUCGGCCAUGGCAUGCUUGUUGGAGACUUAAAGAGCCACACAAAUACAGUCUAUGCACUUAAGUUUAGCAGAGAUGGGGAGAUCCUGGCAUCAGGGUCAAUGGAUAACACUGUUAAACUAUGGGACACUGUUAAAGCAUUUGAAGACCUAGAGACUGAUGAUUUCACAAGCUCAACUGGUCACAUAAAUUUACAUGAAAACUCCCAGGACUUACUGCUUGGCUCUUUUCUGACCAAAUCAACACCUGUCAUAAAUCUCCAUUUCACAAGGCGGAACUUAUUAUUGGCAGCGGGCGCUUACAGUCCACAAUGAAAAUGCAUUCAGUCUUCCAUUUUUCAUCCAUAAUAGGGAAAGGUGCUGUUGUGCUAUAAAACUACCAAAGGUGAUGCAGAUGUCAACCUUGGAAUAAAAAAGCCUUCUCCACAAUGCCUUCUGUAUGCCAUAGUCUUGGCUGCAAAACUGCCUAUGACCCAAUAGCUUUGGUUCUAAGGAACUAACCAUGGUUUAAGCACAGGCCAUGUACAUAAAUGCAUUAAGAUCCCUCUCUUCAGAAAGUAUUAAACUCUGCUUUCACGUUUCUUCUUGUGGAGUGUGCUCAAAACCCAGCAUGAUCUGUGAAGUGUCUAUUGCGGUUUCUGCACUGAUUGGAGACUGUCUGGAUGUAUUGUUGGUGAUACUGACAGUCCUAUUUAAACAGGCGUCUUGAACAGCAUCUACCCAGUGUACAUGCACCGUUCAGUACUUAGAAUACUUUUAUAUUAAACUGUAUAUAAUUUUUUUUAGGCCAGUUAUCACUUUGUUCAUGUGAAGUGCAAUGCUCAGGUGCUGUAAAGGCUAGAUCUGUUUUAUAUGUACAUGUAAGUUACUAUGGAUGAACUUGUAUUGCGAGUAGCCACUUUCAUUCCAACUAUUUAUGAACACAACUUUCUUUGGCUAGUGAACUAGCCAUCUCUUAAACAAAUACAUGCAGCAGCAUAACCACAGGUGCUAACAAUAUUAACCGGUUUGUUUUGACAACUUACUUGGAGCCACAUCUAGUCAAGCAACAGCAACCAGAUUUCUCUAUAAAGAGAAGCAGGAACAUGCACAAUUGUUGAAGGUGUCAGCUUUGUGUGUUCCUACUUUUCUUUAUUGGACAGAAACAUGUCGGUGAUACCAAGGUGUAAACUGUCAGUGUACAAAACUGACUUUUUACUCGAAUAGCACUAGGCUCCUACUACAUUAGGCUGUAGUGGUCAUGCUGCAUGAACUGCUCUUUUUAACAUUUUUCCCUGUGGCUAUCUUUAUAGUCCCGAUUUUUAUAGCCAAUCAUGGACUUAAAUUUUUAGUAGAGCUAUGGUUCAGGAUACAUACACCUGACCAAAAUUACUUCUACCUCUAAAUAGUGCAGCUCAAAAUUAGCUUAGAUGUGGAUACUGAAGCAAUAAGUAGCAAGACCAUCCCUCUUUCCUGUGACUAAAAGAACACUGAUAGAUGUUGAAGUGGAAUAAAGACAUUUAUUUAAACAUAUACCUCCAACAAACUGUGCUAUGCUGAACUGUAAAGUGAACCGAUGGGCAGGACAUCACUGCCUCUUUUGUACAGAUUUUUUUUU